UUGUUUGCAUUAUUAAUUACUACUCCAUAUAAGGGUCGGUUGGUUUGAGCAAAAUUGGAUGAUUUCAUAUUCUUUUAUUUUUAAGCUAUGAAUAGGUUAGGCAGUGUUGAAGAUUUUGCCUCGCGUCUCCUCUUAUAGCUCCAAAAAGUCCAAUCAGUUAGUUUCUUGCAUUUCUUGCAUUGCAAUGAAGAAAGCAUAGACAACAAUGAUAGCUGUUAGAAGCAGUAGGCGGAUUGCCCAACAUAGCUAAGAAUCCCAACAAAGACCAAACAAAACUCUCAUUGUUAACUCCUUCCACACUAUAUCCCCUUUUCUUUCCUCUUCUUAUUUAAGAAACAAGAUGGUCUCGCCAUUUUUCGGGUGGGAAAAAUGUCUUGCACAUCUUCUUCUACUCUCAUCUUCAGCAGGAGUAGAGAAUCAAGAAACAGUGGGACUUCAUUGUUUCAGUAUAAUGGCCUCAAAUUACUCGAGGCCACGCAGCUCGGCUUGGCUAGUUUAGAUAUUAAGGGGUUCGUUGCAACUUCAGCAAAAUGUGGGAAGAUCAAGGCAGUGGCUUCUCCAACUGUUUCCUCUCCGAAGAGAGAAACGGAUCCCAAGAAAAGGAUUGUGAUCACUGGAAUGGGCCUUGUUUCGGUUUUUGGAAGUGACAUUGAUACUUACUACAGCAAUCUGCUGGAUGGAGUGAGUGGCAUCACUCCCAUUGACAGAUUUGAUGCUUCGGAUUACUCUGUUAGGUUCGCUGGCCAGAUUCGCGACUUCUCUUCCAAGGGAUAUAUUGAUGGGAAGAAUGACCGCCGUCUUGAUGAUUGCUGGAGAUAUUGCUUGGUUGCUGGGAAAAGGGCUCUUGAUGAUGCCACCCUAGGGAAACAAGUUGUGGAUACUAUGGACAAGACAAGAAUGGGAGUGUUGGUGGGAUCAGCAAUGGGGGGCUUCACGUCUUUCAGUAAUGGAGUCGAAGCCUUAGUUCUAAAGGGGCAUAAAAAGAUAACUCCAUUUUUCAUUCCUUAUUCCAUAUCAAACAUGGGGUCUGCAUUGCUGGCUAUAAACACCGGCUUCAUGGGGCCUAAUUACUCCAUUGCAACAGCUUGUGCUACUUCUAAUCACUGCUUCAUUGCUGCUGCAAACCACAUUAGACGAGGCGAUGCAGAUAUCAUGGUGGCUGGAGGAACAGAUGCUUCAAUCAUUCCAAUUGGAAUCGGAGGUUUCAUAGCUUGCAGAGCCUUGUCUCAGAGAAACGACGAACCACAGAGAGCGUCAAGGCCAUGGGAUAGAAACCGCGAUGGUUUUGUCAUGGGAGAAGGUGCUGGUGUGUUGAUAAUGGAAAGUAUGGAGCACGCCAUGAAAAGAGGAGCCAAGGUUUAUGCCGAGUAUUUGGGAGGUGCAGCUACCUGUGAUGCUCACCACAUGACAGAUCCACGCCCCGACGGGUUUGGUGUUUCCUCUUGCAUAGUCAAGGGCUUGCAAGAUGCUGGAGUGGCUCCUGAAGAGGUUAACUAUGUGAAUGCUCAUGCGACAUCAACGCCUGCUGGAGAUCUGGCUGAGGUGAAUGCUAUCAAGAAAGUCUUCAAGAACACCUCUGAGUUGAAGAUGAAUGGCACCAAGUCAAUGAUCGGACAUGGACUUGGCGCUGCUGGUGGAUUGGAAGCGAUAGCUACGAUCAAAGCAAUCAACACAGGAUGGUUACACCCCACAAUCAAUCAAUAUGACUUGGAGCCUAAUGUCACCAUCGACACUGUCCCGAAUGUAAAGAAGCAGCAUCAAGUAAAUGUUGGUGUGUCUUCCUUCUCCGCCAAAUCCAACUCUUUAAAUCAUAAUAUUUCAAGUAGAAACCAUUGUGCAAUACUACUAAAUGAUGCAGCAGCUUCUUAUGGUUUGGUGUCUGAUUUAUUUGUAUUGUAUUGCAGCCAUAUCUAAUUCAUUUGGCUUUGGAGGCCAUAAUUCAGUUGUUGUCUUCGCGCCCUUCAGCCCAUGAAACGAUCUCACACAAGCUCGACUCGUCCUCAGCAGCGACAGAUCUUUGCUAGCUCUCCUACAUUUUAAGUAGGGAUUUUAGCAAAGUAUAUGCUUCAUUCAGAUCAUGUGUCUUGAAGCAUUUAGUUAUCUGUCCUUGCUUGAGUUUUGGUGCGUUGUUUAGGCCCUAAUUGAAUUCUACUCCCUCCAUCCCGUGAAGUUUGAGUAGUAUUCAUUUUUGAGUUGUCCAGCGAAGCUUGAGCACUUUUUUUAUAUGGCAAAAGUUUUUCUAUUAUUCACCUUUUCACUUUUUCACUUUUUCAUCUAUUAGACUUAACACAUAAAAUACCAAUUUUUUAAACUUCGUACUAAAAAUAAUUGCUCAAGCUUCGCGGGACAGAGAGAGUAAUUGUGAUUAAUAAACUCUGAUGGGUGAUUAAUAAACUUUAAUUAAAGAUUGAUGAAUCUUAAUUAGAAUGAUGAGUCGUGCAUCCGAAUGUACAGAAUCUUUUAUAUUUUCUAUUGGGUAAAUGUCACUUUAUGUC